AAUAACCAUUUCCCCGUUUAACCCUAUCAUUCUGCUUUUCAUUUGCGUACACUUUCUCUAAAACAUCAUUACAUCACAGAUAUGGCUUCGCGGAGGCUCUUAGCCUCGUUACUCCGCUCCUCCGCCUCCCGUAGCUCUAUAUCAAGAGCUUGGAACUCCGCCCCAAAACCCAAGCACCGGCCAUCUCCAGUCGGCUACUUCCUCCACCGCGUCGUAGGGUACUCCACCUCUGUGGCCUCCUCUUCUCCAAGCCCUCCUAAAGCUCCCGGUGGAGGUCCCAGUGGGAAGAUCACAGAUGAAUUUACCGGGAAAGGCGCCGUCGGAAAGGUGUGCCAGGUUAUCGGUGCCGUAGUUGAUGUGAGGUUUGAUGAGGGUUUGCCUCCGAUUUUAACGGCCUUGGAGGUAUUGGACAAUCAGAUCAGGCUUGUUUUGGAGGUUGCCCAGCACUUGGGUGAGAAUGUGGUCAGGUGUAUUGCUAUGGAUGGUACUGAAGGUCUUGUCAGAGGCCAGCGCGUGCUCAAUACUGGCUCCCCAAUCACCGUGCCUGUGGGCAGAGCAACCCUCGGCCGCAUUAUGAAUGUCAUUGGAGAGCCUAUUGAUGAGAAAGGCGAUAUGAAAACCGAUCACUAUUUACCAAUUCAUCGUGAAGCUCCAGCCUUUGUGGAGCAAGCAACUGAACAGCAAAUUCUUGUCACUGGUAUCAAGGUCGUAGACCUUCUUGCACCAUACCAAAGAGGAGGAAAGAUUGGGUUAUUUGGUGGUGCUGGUGUAGGAAAGACUGUACUUAUCAUGGAGCUGAUUAACAAUGUUGCAAAAGCUCAUGGUGGUUUCUCUGUCUUUGCUGGUGUAGGAGAACGAACUCGAGAGGGUAAUGAUUUGUACAGAGAAAUGAUUGAGAGCGGUGUCAUUAAGCUAGGUGAUAAGCAGGCUGAUAGCAAAUGUGCUCUAGUCUAUGGUCAAAUGAAUGAGCCCCCAGGUGCUCGUGCCNAUGUGAGAUAACCUCACU